UCUGUGAAUAUGCCUGUUAACAAAUCACCCAUGAUUAAUAAAUUAGGAGUGAUAUCUUCCUCUUAUCAUGAAAAACUCUUGAGGUUGGAUUCAAUACUGGCUUUGUUGGUCCUUGGGGAAGCUGCCAAACUAAACAUGGCCUGCUUGAAAGCUUUAAUGGAACUAAUGAGAGAUUUUCUUUUAAGCAUUAUGUCUGUUCAAAACCAGACGAGCACUGAUGAGUUCCAGUGUCAUACAGACUAUCAUCAGGAUUUAGGGGACAGUACAAUACAGAAUUUAAUUGACUCUGAAACCCUUCCAUCUCCCUUCCUGAACCUUCUCUUCCUCGUGUUUUUCUUACCUGCUUCACAUAUACUUGGUGAUCAAGUGAUAUGGAUUGGAUACUAUGGUUUAAUGUAUAACCUGGUGAAAAUGUCAUGGGAACUUCGGGGAGAUGAUGAGCAAGAUGGAGUUAGAAACAAAAUAUGGCAAAUAUUAUGGAAAACAAAGGAUCAUGAGAAAGAUGGGCGAAUCCAUAAUGGCAUAUAUAUAGCUCAGGCUGAGUUAAAUGACCCAACUGAUCCCUUCACUAAUUAUAGUACAAAAGUCUCAUCAAAUGUAGGGGAUGAAACUUUCUCUAAAUAUAUAGGAUGGAGAAUUGCCAAUGCUCUUUCCAAACUGUUCUUCCCCUCCACCGAAACCCAUGUUCUUCCUUUGAAAGAACCACUGAAAAAACAGGAUCCAGUGAAAUAUCUGAACAAAAAGGAUUACAUGAAGAAAAGAGUUCUACAUGUUACUAUAAGGGAACAUCCUUCUGUAUCAGAACUUCCCCUGUUUUCUUACCCAGAUUUCUUCACCAAGGCUGAUGAAGAGUUGGCAAGAAUCAUUGACCAUCAUUGGCAGGAAGAGCUAAAGAUUCGACAGAAAGAAGAUGCAAUAUGUGAGGCCCAAGAACGUAAAGACAAAGAGCUAGAGGAAAGAAAUCACUUCAGAGAAAUUAUGAAGAGAAGAGAAGAGAAACUACACAAGCAAACCAAACCCUAUGAGCUUCCUCCUAGAACUGAAGUAAUUUCAUUAGAAAUAAAACAACCCCCCAAAAUUGAAGUCCAUAUGCCAGAAAUUGCAUGA